UACUGUAUUGUGAACACUAUAGUGCUGCAUCUGCAUUAGUAUACUUGUGAUAAAUUCCAUUAUGUUUUCGAUUUUUGAAAUAUUAGCUUUAACUACACUGUGCGCUAGUGUCGCUCAAAGUGAAUUAAUAGCGCCAUGCCAUCUUAACGACAUGGUCUGUUUUGAGAAGUCCGUUAACAAUGCCUUGCCUCAGUUCUUGUCUGAAAACGAAACCCUUGGGGUGGAAUCUUGUGAUCCCUUGAAAAUUGACCUGAUUGAGGGAGACAUGUCCGAUAUUAAAUUUAAAUUAUUCUCUCCAAUUACUACGGGAUUCAAGAAAUGUGUUUUGAAAAAUGUGAAAAUGAACUUAGAUGCGCUUACAUUGCACAGCGAGCUUGACUGUCCAAAUCUAGAAACAACUGGCAAAUACGAAAUCUCUGGACGUCUCAUGACUUUACCAAUUGAGGGAAGUGGAGACUUCAAAAUCUCUGCCGGGACAUACAAAAUCAUCCUAGAUUUUGAUUUGGAAAAUGUGGUUGGAAAUGACAACAAAGCAUAUCUCUCCAUGAAAUCUUUCAAACAGAAAAACGAAGCAACAUCUCCAAUUUCUUUCGACUUCAAAAACCUUUUUAAUGGACAAAAGGAUAUGGCGGACAAAGUCCUCACAUAUGCUAACCAGAACUGGAAGCAGGUCUCCGAUCUCCUGCAGGAACCAAUUUGGAACGAAAACAUGAAGAAAAUCAUUUCUAACGGCAACAAAUACUUAAUGACUGAACCUCUUGAUCAAAUGUUCAUAUAACCUUAGGUUGUUAAAGUAAAAAUACUAUAAAUUUGUUAUAUAAAUUAGUAUGUUACAAAAAAAAACACUUUACACAUACAUUAGUAGGACAUAUAAUCUAAUAAUAUAUCACUCUCUUUUUCAUGUACUGUAAGCAUCAAAUAGAUAUUAAAUGAUUUGUUUCACUCUCGUGUUUUUUCCACAUGAAUGACAAAAUAUUCUUUGGCUAUCAGUAGCUAUAAUAGUAGCUGUUUUGUGCUUUGAGCUUAAAGAGCUCAUAUAAAAAGACGUUUGUUUUAAACAUAUAGUUUCUAUUUUUACUUUGAUAAUAAACUAUUAUAUAUCUAUCA